UACCCUUUGUGUCUCACAAAUAAUGUACAUUUUGUUUGUGAUGAGUUGCACAGAAGGGGGGAAAAAGCCGUGUAUCAUGAAAGCAUGAUAUUAAUCACCAUAAUUUGCUGAUGAUUAAAGAGGGAGGGAGAUUUUUUUUUUCCCAUCAACAUGCACUUAGAGCCAGGCUGAGGCUGGUUUCCAGGGCAACAGAAAAUCAGAAGCUUUCAGUACUUUGUCACAUCACAAGCCCAAGGACCUCCAUCCAGGAAGAUUCUUCUGGAAACUAAUCCUUGUUUUCUCAAACACGCGUGGUGGGAGAGAUAUGGAGAUGGCGCUGUGAGAAAAAAAGCAUGCUUUAGGGAGCAGAAUAUGGAACGUGUGGAUCGUGUUUCUGGUCUUCUGAGCUGUUAAGGUGAAUUUUUCUCUUCCUGGUCAUAAAAACUGAAAGCCUCAGCAUAGCAUAAGCAUGGGAAGCCUUAAGACCCUGGCGGAGGACCACCACUGCCACGACAUCUUACUGGAGAGCCCAAUCUUGACUGAUCGUGGCCAGUGGCUCGCCGACCCCAACUCCAACUCCAACUUCGGCCCUGACCUCAGCAGCGAGAGCGACGCCACUGCCGCCGCUGCCGCCGCUGCCACCAGAGACGGUCAGACUCCGCAGGGCACUCAGGACUCGGAAGCGACCAUGGCGACUGACCAGCCGGCGUUCCCCUCAGGGAGCUCAAAGGCAAGUGGUGAGGACAGCACCUCCCCCUCCCCCUCCCUGUCCUCCUGUGAGGAGGCUGACCUGUCGCGCUCUGAGCUCCUCCACGAGGCUGAGUCCUGCCAGCUUGAUCCUGUGCCAGCCUGUCUUAACGCGGCGGCUUCAGGGGCAGACAACAUGCGUCGAUCACACGUGUCGGUAAACAGCGCCAAGCGACACGAUCAGCUGGGUGGCGAGGGCAAGGGCGACAAUGAGGGUGGCGUCACGAUGGGCCAGCGCGACCAGUGGGGGGAGGAGGGUAGAGGUGGCGUUGGGGGAGAGAAGAGCUGUCCACCAAUAAGACGAGAUGUCAGUCAAGAGAUUACCAUACUGGUGACCAGCCACGACAACUGCGUGGAAGACGAACAAGGGGAGCUGCAGGAGGAGGAGAAAGAGGAGGAAGAUGAGGUGGGGGAGGAAGAAGCUGAGCGAGGUGGGGAGAUUGAGAGGGCAAGGUCACCCAAUAGCAUCAGGGAGGAAGAGCUGAGAGCCGAGAGCCAAGAUGUAGUGGACACAGAGGGCAGCGGGGGAGCCUUGGAGGGCUGCAUUGUAGUGGCGAGCCUCACAUCAACAAGCGAAGUGGAGAGGCCCCAAAUAGUUGGCUCUAACUCCUUGGAAACGGGCAGAGACAGUGUGUCUGACGCCCAAUGUGAAGAGGCAAAGGCGAACAGCGGUAGCCAAGUGUCCUCUGAUCCCAUUAACAGCAGGGGUUCAGGUUGUUUACCGAAAGCCCGUACCGAGGCUCAGCAGUCCACUGGAGCAAACAGCCCACUCAACUGUAACCUGAGCGCGGAUGGCGGCUCUCCGGGCACUGAGAAGCCCAUUCACACACAAUCUAAGUCCGUGGUCACUGGGAACGCCACCGAGCAUAAAGAGAUGGGGCAAAUGUCUAACACAAACGAGUCCUGCGCUAGCGAAUCGAAAGAGCGCCUCCAGAAAGCCAAGACACUCGAUCUCUCCAGUGGCAGGUUCAGCGCGUCCUCCAGUAAGACGGUCCAGGGCCAGUCCAGUCUGGAGGUGGUGACGAGCCACUCAGUGGCCACCAGUCCCAUGACACCACCAGAGGGCUCGGCUGCUUUCCUUUUCCCGUACUCCACUGCCACAGCAGGCGCGGGCCAUGCCAGCACAAUGGAGAUAAAGGAGUUCAAAUCAGUAGCAACUGCCCCCAUGAGUCCCCAGAAUUUAACUGCCCCAGCGGCCAUCCCAGAGGCACAUAGUACUGGGGUAGAGAUGCGAUCGGUGGCAACUGCCCCCAUGACCCCUCAGAACUUAACUGCCCCAGUGGCCAUCCCAGAGAUACAUACUGCUGGGGUAGAGAUGCGAUCAGUGGCAACUGCCCCCAUGACCCCUCAGAACUUAACUGCCCCAGUGGCCAUCCCAGAGAUACAUACUGCUGGGGUAGAGAUGCGAUCGGUGGCAACUGCCCCCAUGACCCCUCAGAACUUAACUGCCCCAGUGGCCAUCCCAGAGAUACAUACUGCUGGGGUAGAGAUGCGAUCAGUGGCAACUGCCCCCAUGACCCCUCAGAACUUAACUGCCCCAGUAGGCAUCCCAGAGGCACAUAGUACUGGGGUGGAGAUGCGAUCAGUGGCAACUGCCCCGAUGAGCCCUCAGAACUUAACUGCCCCAGUGGGCAUCCCAGAGGCACAUAUUGCUGGGGUGGAGCUGCGAUCAGUGGCAACUGCCCCGAUGAGCCCUCAGAACAUAACUGCCCCAGCAGCCAUCCCAGAGAUACAUACAGCAGGGGUAGAGAUGCGAUCAGUGGCAACUGCCCCCAUGACCCCUCAGAACUUAACUGCCCCAGUAGGCAUCCCAGAGGCACAUAGUACUGGGGUGGAGAUGCGAUCAGUGGCAACUGCCCCGAUGAGCCCUCAGAACUUAACUGCCCCAGUGGCCAUCCCUGAUACGCGCAAGGUUGGGAGUGUGCAGACACAGAUGAGUCUGGAAGUCAUGUGUCACUCAGUGGCGACGAGCCCCAUGACACCAUCGGGAGGUUCCACAGCUUUCUUCUUCCCGCACACCCAAAAGGUCGAGCUGAGAUCGGUGGCAACUGCCCCCAUGAGUCCUCAAGGUUUAACUGCCCCGGAGGCGAUCCCUGAGGCUCUUGUAGCCGGCGAGGACGAAGAACCCACCUCCCCAGAGAUCAUUCCGGAGCCGCGGGUGUUGGAGCCCAGCGCAGGGUCUCCAGAGCCUCCAGAGCCCUUACAGGACGUGAGCUGGGACGAGAAGGGCAUGACGUGGGACGUGUACGGCGCGGUGGUGGAGGUGGCGGUGCUGGGGACAGCCAUCCAGAAGCACCUGGAGAAGCAGGUGAGGAAGCACCGCAAGCAGACGUCCUCCGACGCCGUGCCCUCUCCCACCCAGAGCCAGAGCCAGAGCCUGACCCAGGAGCCGUCUCCGUCCGAGGCCCAGAUCCCCUCUGAUGGGGCAUCCUCCCCGCCGGCCUCCGACCUGGCCCUGGACCUGGCCCCCGACCCCGCCCCCCCCGCCCCCGCCCCCGCCCCUGACCCCGCCCCCGACCCGGGCCCCGACCCGGCCUCCACCGGCUCCCAGAAGAGACGGAACCCCAAAGAGGAGAAGAACGACAGCACCAAGAGGAAGGGGUGGCGCAGGAACCCUCUGAGGGGCCGUUUCCGCCGACUCCAUUUGCCGAGCUGCUGUUCCCGCUCGCGGCCAGAAGAGGCGCCGUGA